AUGCACAAGCGUUUUCUGAGCUCUAUCGGCAGACGUCCGAGCCAGGAGUCCGAAAAGGCGAUCCCUGACGGAGACUCACCGGAAGCCAGUGUUUCUAGAGGUGUAAGACUAUUUUGCGAGUCUGGAGGGCCAAAUAACCAGGGAGAAGAAGUGCUGCACCUACCCGUAAUCGUCGAAGCCGCAGAGUCAAGUCCAAGCGCCGCAUCAGAAGCCGCCCUUCGGAUACGAAAGUUUCUCUCCAAGGAGAAUUACCCGCGAGCCUACGUGCAAUACAAUGCGAUCAUGCUGGUACGGAUUCUGGCAGACAAUCCGGGAAAAAGUUUCACCAAAAAUAUCGAUCAAAAGUUCGUCGGCACGGUGAAGGAGCUGUUGCGAGAUGGAAGGGAUAUGAGCGUUCAGCAGAUUUUGAGGGAGACUUUGGAUACUUUCGAGGAACACAAGGCUAACGAUGAGACACUGGCUCUGUUGACGGAGAUGUGGAAGAAAGAGAAAGCGAAGAUGGGCAAACGAUUGGGCUCAGCAGCGCGUAUAGGGGAGCCUAGACGCGGCCCGGGUUUCCAGCAUGCAUUACAGCAGCCAGUACAACAGAACAUGAUGGCGCCUAGAAACCCCAAAACCCAAAAUCAGCAGAACUACUUCGCCCGAAAUCAUAGACCACGAGGUCUACCUUCGCCAGCAGAACUGGCACAGAGGGUCGAAGAAGCCAAAACCUCCGCCAAGCUCCUUUCACAAGUCGUCCAGUCAACACCAUCGAAUGAAGUCCCAGGAAACGAGCUUAUAAAGGAGUUCGUGGAGCGGUGCCAAUCAGCAACACGCUCUAUGCAGGACUAUAUCCACUCGGAUAACCCAGCGCCGGAUGAGGACACCCUCCUGACUUUAAUCGAGACAAACGACCUGCUAGCAACAACUAUGUCAAAACAUCAACGGGCAUUGCUCCAAGCGAGGCGUGCCACGGGUGUUUCGCCCUUGUCCACAGCCACGGGGCCAUACGAGACGCCAGCUGCGCCUGUGACUUUUUCGAGUGAAUCCAGAGACGGGCUUUUCACGCCUCCACCAGGCCCUCCACCUCGAAAGCAAAUACCGCAAUCGGAGGAUCAGAACCCCUUUGGUGAUCAACACCAAGCGCAAGGCUCCUCGAAUGAUGCUCAGGCGCCCGUUGCUCCACCAAGCUUCGGUCUCCCUCCACCGAAUAUGCCGCCAGAGAAGCAGCAGCCAAGCUAUACAAAUCGGCAGGAUGCGUCAGCGAACAAUGUGACUAUUUACGGACCAGGCGCGGACGAUGGAGCGUUGGAGCAUCAGCCGACUAGGCAGCCAGUGCAGUACCGCUUUUGA